CGAACACACUUCCUACCCCCGUCAAUUGCACCCACAAGUUGAUUUUGACUUUGGGAGCACUCCGGGUCAUCCCAUGACAUUGGAACCCAAUGUCAUGGGAACCCCACCCAUUUAGUAAUGUAAUGUUGGGACAUGUGGGCCUAUAAAAUCGGCCCAUUUCGAAUAGACCCGAAGCCACCCAAAGUCCCCAACCCAGCAACCUGCCGGCGUCCGACCGAGCAAGAGGAAUGACGAUGGGGCUUCCCAGCUUAUCUUGGACAAUUUCCCGUCUCCACCCACUUCAAAGAUCCUCACUUUACCUCAAAAUCAGAGCUUUCAAGAAUCUAGGAGCGCCACAGAGGCGGUGGCCGGAAACGCCGUGGCAUGUUCUCCCCGCCUCACCCAAACCUCUCCCGGCCCUAUUUUCUUCUUCUUCUUCCUCCUCCUCAAGUUACAACCUUGCAAUGGCGGCGAGGAGAAAUCAGCAAAUCGCAGGCGAAAGUUUGGUUAUUCUGGGCAUUGAAACUAGCUGCGAUGAUACUGCUGCUGCUGUUGUGAACAGCAAUGGUGACAUAUUAAGCCAGGUCAUCUCUUCUCAGGCAGAACUGCUUGCUAAAUAUGGAGGAGUUGCUCCCAAAAUGGCAGAAGAAGCGCAUCUACAAGUUAUUGAUCAGGUAGUACAAGAAGCCCUCAAUAAAGCUAGACUAACCGAGAAGGAUCUUACUGCCGUUGCUGUCACAAUAGGCCCUGGCUUAAGCCUGUGUUUGCGUGUUGGCAUCCGAAAAGCUCGGCAAAUUGCGGGUGCUCACAAUUUACCGAUUGUUGGCGUCCAUCACAUGGAAGCUCAUACUUUGGUAGCCAGGUUAGUGGAAAGAGAGAUGCAAUUUCCUUUCAUGGCUUUGCUUGUCUCAGGUAACACUUCUCUACUUAAAGCAUUGAACUAUUGAACUUUACACCAAUAUUUUUUUCCCUUCAAAAUUGUGCUAAUCGUGUAAAUGAAAUUGAUGCAGGAGUGUGAUAAGGGUGUUUUACGGUGCUUAACUGCUACAAAUAAAUACUUUUGGCCAUUCUUAUUGUUUUUGCUUAUUUUCACCUAAAUUUAUAUUGUUAAGUUGUGCGACUAAUAUUAGACAAUAAAAUGGUGCUAUUAAUUUCAUGCCAUCGACCCCAAGAUUGGGAUUAAGGUCAUGAUGAUUGUUUCUUAGGAGGGCAUAACCUUCUAAUUCUUGCACGUGAUCUUGGUGAAUACAUUCAACUUGGGACCACAAUUGAUGAUGCAAUUGGUGAGGCAUAUGACAAAAUAGCGAAAUGGCUUGGGCUUGAUUUGAGGAAAAGUGGGGGCCCAGCUAUAGAGAAACUAGCUCUAGAGGGUAAUCCAGAUUCUGUUAAAUUUAAUGUUCCGAUGAAACAAUACAAAAACUGCAACUUCUCAUAUGCUGGUCUGAAGACACAAGUGAGGCUGGCAAUUGAAGCCAGAAAAAUUGAUGCCAGAAUACCCAUCUCUUCAGCUUCUAGUGAGGAUAGGCAAGCUCGGGCAGAUAUUGCUUCAUCUUUUCAGCGAGUGGCAGUGCUACAUUUGGAGGAUAAGUGCAAGCGAGCAAUUGAAUGGGCCUUGAAGAUUGAACCAUCCGUGAACCAUAUGGUUGUCUCUGGAGGUGUGGCCUCAAAUCAGUACGUUAGGGAUCGGCUUAAUCGGGUUAUUAAGAAGAAUGGACUUCAGCUUGUCUGUCCUCCUCCCACUCUAUGCACUGACAAUGGUGUGAUGGUUGCAUGGACUGGGAUUGAGCAUUUCCGGGUGGGAAGAUUUGAUCCUCCGCCUCCUCCAGAUGAACCUGAAGAUGCUUUGCUUGAUUUGCGACCAAGGUGGCCAUUAGGAGAAGAGUAUGCAGAGGGAAAAAGUGAAGCGCGCUCCCUGAAGACCGCCAGGGUUCACCCUUCCCUUACUUCUCUCAUUCAUGCGUCUUCAUCUUCUUCUACUAUUGUCUAACCGCCAGAGAAAAAACCCAAACCAAGUUGAUCAUAUGUCUCCCAAAAACACGCCGUGUUUCCUGAUGAAUGUUUGAAUGCUUUCAAACUAGAGAAUAGCAAGUGUUGAUGGUGCCAAGCUGGGAAAUGUUUGGCUCUUAGAUACACCUCUAGGGUGGUUUAGACAGUAUGGGGCUAACCAAAAGAGAGGUUUGAUGUGUUUGCUAUAGAGGAAGCCAAAGGGUGUCUUUGGGCUUUAUAUCUUUUAUGCAUCAAAGAAAGACAAAGUGACUCUCUAAAGUCUUUGUAAUGGCAUGAAAUUUGGGGUAUUCUUUGAUCAAUUUAUUAAAUUUUAUUCUACAAU